GUCAACCCACUGUUCCUAGGCCGUCAUUGUAGAUAAGAAUUUGUUCUUAACUGACUUGCCUAGUUAAAUAAAUGUAAGAAAUAACACUUUUUUUCCUUUUUAACAAGCAUUCAAACAUAAGUUGGAUGUAUUUCAUUGCAGAGGAAAGAGCCAUGCAUAUAAAUGUGGGGAUUUAACAUGCAGGGCUGAUACUAUGAAAUGCAUUUAAUGUUCUCAAUGUUUUUUUAAAUACUGUGUAAUUUGAUUAAAUCAAACAUCAAAUGGAACCAUUUGAAAAUUUGUCACGGAUUAUACAUUUCACACCUCCAGCUAGGGCUGCCAACACAGAGCAGGGAAAAGAUGGGGCGGGGAGGGGGACACCAAGCCUCAAAUUGACAUGUCAUGACAGGGCAGAAGGACCGGUUUGUCUAAAGCAACAGUAUUUGACUGGUUCACGCUGCACCACAGAUAAUAUGAUGACGUUAUCCGGCGUAAAUGGAGCUACAGCUUGAGCUAGCUAGCUAUAUGUACCUGCAAAUUCAGCGAACUAGCAGCUAGCUAACCUUAGCUAAUUAGCCUGCCAAGGAAAGCAAUGGCUUGAUUACAGCAUUUAGCUAGCAAACAACAGAUAUCUAGCUGCUAGUUUAGAUAGGAAUAGGUGCUGAUUGCAAACGUGGAUUUCCAACAUGUGGUGCACAUAGCACGUAUUUGAACAUUUAUACGACUUUUAUGCAUUUACAUUUAAUCUUUUGUCGAGCAAACCCCCAAACACAGCGGGCCACAAAUGGAACCAGGGAGUUCGCGUGAAAGUCCAUCCGGCUCUGGGGGUCCCGAAGUGGCGGGCCUACGUGAGGAGACCCCCGGCGAAGAGGCUGAGGAUGGGGACAACUGCAUCCUGAAAGGAGGAGGAGAUGGAGGCAACGAAAACACUCUGGACAAGAUGAAAACAGAACGUAAGGAUGAUGCUGUUACUGGGAAAAAUAUUGAGGAUGCUGAUGAAGGCAAAUAUGAAGAGGAAUUGGACCCUAGAAUUCAGGAGGAGCUAGAGCACCUGAAUCAGGCCAGUGAUGAGAUCAACAAGCUGGAACUGCAACUGGAUGAUGCUAGGUCCAGCUACAGGAGGAUCCUCACUGACUCAGCCAGGAAGCUCAAUGCUCAGGGCUCCCAGCUAGGCACCUGCAUCGAGAAGGCCAGGCCCUACUACGAAGCCCGCAGACUAACCAAAGAGGCCCAGCAGGAGACGCAGAAGGCAGCGUUGCGGUACGAGAGAGCCGUCUCCAUGCAUACGGCUGCCAGAGAGAUGGUGUACGUGGCAGAGCAGGGGCUCCUGGCAGACAGGAACACUCUGGACCCCACCUGGCAGGAGAUGCUCAACCACGCCACCUCCAAGGUGAACGAGGCAGAGGAGGAGCGGCUGCGGAGCGAGAGGGAGCACCAGCGGGUCACUCAGCUGUGCCAGGAGGCAGAGCAACGUGUCCAGACGCUCCAGAAAUCCCUGAAGAGGGUCAUCGUCAAGUCCAAACCUUACUUUGAGCUCAAGGCUCAGUUCAACCACAUACUAGAGGAGCACAAGGCGAAUGUGGUGCAGCUGGAAGGACGUGUCGCAAAGGUGAAGAUGCGCUACUCCGUCGCCCUGCGCAACCUGGAGCAAAUCAGCGAGCAGAUCCAUGCUCAGAGGGGGCGUGUCCAAGCCACCAGGGCCCACCCCGUAGCCUGCGGUGGGCGGAGCUCCCCGGUGGGGGCGGAGGCUGAGGUCAAAGCUGCGGUCGGUGUUCAGGUUGGAGGAGCCUGUGGCGGAGGAGGAGGCUUGGAUGAGAAGGACUGGGCUGAUGGAGAGAAGACCAGGCAGUGGGUGGAGAGACACAGAGAGCAGGGCUGGGGUCACAGGGAGAGGGGGGAGAGAAACAGAGAGCAGGGCUGGGGUCACAGGGAGAGGGGGGAGGCAGGGUCAGACUCCAUGUCUGACAUCAGCCUCCAGACCAUCGCCUCGGAUCUGGGGAAGUGUGACUCGGUGGAGCACCUGGGGGAUCUGAGUGACGUGAGCAGCCUGAUGGGAGAGGAGAGGGAGAGGGAGAGGUCCUUGAUAGCUGAGAACAGAGACGGGAACCCCAAGGCAGAGGAGAGAGUUGUGAGGGACGUUGUCAUCCCCACUCCAAGGCAGGAUAGAUUGGAGGAGGUGAGGGGGGCGAUAGGGAGAGAGAGACAGGAGAGCUUUGUCAAGCAGCACCACAGAAGUGUGAGUUUGUGAGUCCAGAAGAAUAGAAUGGACCGGUGAGUGAUGAUGAGGGAUCAAAUAAAGGAAUGAAAUCAGAAGGUCAAGAUCAAAGAAAAUAGUUCUUUGUGGUAUUGACACUGAGUCUGAGUCCCAAAUGGCUCCCUAUAUAGUGCACUACAUUUGACCAGAGCCCCCAUAGUUAAUAGGGUGUCAUUUGUGACACUGCCUGCAUCCUUGUGACACUGCCUGCAUCCUUGUGACACUGCCUGCAUCCUUGUGACACUGCCUGCAUCCUUGUGACACUGCCUGCAUCCUUGUGACACUGCCUGCAUCCUUGUGACAGUGCCUGCAUCCUUGUGACACUGCCUGCAUCCUUGUGACACAGCCUGCAUCCUUGUGACACUGCCUGCAUCCUUGUGACACAGCCUGCAUCCUUGUGACACAGCCUGCAUCCUUGUGACACUGCCUGCAUCCUUGUGACACUGCCUGCAUCCUUGUGACACUGCCUGCAUCCUUGUGACACUGCCUGCAUCCUUGUGACACUGCCUGCAUCCUUGUGACACUGCCUGCAUCCUUGUGACACUGCCUGCAUCCUUGUGACACUGCCUGCAUCCUUGUGACACUGCCUGCAUCCUUGUGACACUGCCUGCAUCCUUGUGACACAGCAGAGGGGAGUAGCAGGGAGGAGGGUGGCUGGUGCAUCAUGAAUAACAACGUAAGACAGACUGCGCGCGCGCGUGAGAGAGAGAGAGAGAGAGAGAGAAGAGGAAGUGUUAGGUGAUUCACUAGGUCCCUGUGGGAAUUGUAGUUCUCUCACUCUGAUCUGUCUAUUGUUCAACACAGUAAAGAUAUCGGUGACCUGAGAAUGCCAACGCAUGACAAAUCCACUGAGGCCAAGCUAGUGUAAACACGGUGCUGAAUGUAGAUGCAGAGACAACAUAACUUAGGGCAUACACUUACUCUGCUGACCGUUUCACAUGCGGGAGAAAUUUACGCAGCAAAGCUUAUUUUAUCAAUGCUAUUUUUAUAUUGACUUUAGUCCCUGAAUUAAUGCCUUUUUCCAUAUUGAUUGAAUUACCACAUAAUUGUUUUUUUAGCUCGUCCUUGGUAUUAACACAAGGCGUUAAUGCAAGCGAUACUGCUCUCUCUCCCUCUUGAGUAGAAAUACAAAAAGGAAUAUGAUUAUCGUAUUUUAAACACCUUUGGAUAAGAAGUUAAUUAAAAAAAACAAACAUUUUAUUUAGUUUGUAGACCCGUUUUUAUUGUUUUUACCCCCAGUAGAAUGUUCUGGAAAUGUUCCCCAGCAGCUAGAGGGCCAACGACCCUCUCAGACACCAGACUGUAGAGAAUGUCUCUGUCACUCGCAUUGACCAAACACUUCCACAGUGUUUCUCUCUGACCUUUUCACAAUCCCUGUUUCUGUCAGGAAGAAAUGUUGUCAGCUGGCCUGGGGUUGCGUCCCAAUAUUGCACCCUAUUCCGUAUGUAGUGAACUACUUUUGACCAGGGUCCAUUUGGGACCUAUCCAAGAUGUUACACUGCAUGGUGGGAAAUGGUUCUAAUUAACUCCUUUAGUAUUGUAUAUGCCAUAAAGAACAGUUUUUGACGAACAUCUAAAAUAAAGAUUUUAAUUUGACUCAAA